GAGGAGGAAAAGAAGAAAGCGAGAUCCUCACCGACGGCGGCCGCGGCCACCGUCUUGCCGCCCGCCGGUGCGGGUGCCUCGCCGGGAGAGUGCGGCGUUUGGGGGGGGUGUCGGCCCCCGUGCCUCCCCCCCGGGGUCCCGCGGCCGCCGCGCGCCGGGGCUGUGGGGCUCAGGCGGUGGAGCAGGAUUCCCCGAGAAGGAGGAGGCGGGAGAGGAGGAGGAGGAGACGGUGCCGGCGGCUGCGGGUCCGGGGGGAAGAUGCCGCUGGCGCAGCUGGCGGACCCGUGGCAGAAGAUGGCUGUGGAGAACGCGAGCGACAGCGCUGAAAAUGGGCAGCAAAUUAUGGAUGAGCCUAUGGGAGAAGAGGAAAUUAAUCCACAGACUGAAGAAGGCAGUAUCAAAGAAAUUGCAAUCACACAUCAUGUAAAGGAAGGACAUGAAAAAGCAGAUCCCUCCCAGUUUGAACUUCUAAAAGUACUAGGGCAAGGAUCGUUUGGAAAGGUGUUUCUAGUAAAAAAAAUCUCAGGAUCUGAUGCUAGACAGCUUUAUGCAAUGAAAGUAUUGAAAAAGGCCACACUGAAAGUUCGAGAUCGUGUUCGGACAAAAAUGGAACGUGAUAUCCUGGUAGAAGUUAACCAUCCAUUUAUUGUUAAGUUGCAUUAUGCUUUUCAAACAGAAGGGAAACUAUAUCUUAUUUUGGAUUUUCUCAGGGGAGGAGAUUUGUUUACACGCUUAUCCAAAGAAGUGAUGUUCACAGAAGAAGAUGUCAAAUUCUACUUGGCUGAACUUGCACUUGCUUUAGAUCAUUUACAUAGUCUUGGAAUAAUCUAUAGAGACCUAAAACCAGAAAACAUACUACUUGAUGAAGAAGGCCACAUCAAGUUAACAGAUUUUGGCCUAAGUAAAGAAUCUAUUGAUCAUGAGAAGAAGGCAUAUUCUUUUUGUGGAACAGUAGAAUAUAUGGCUCCAGAAGUAGUUAAUCGACGAGGUCACACACAGAGUGCAGACUGGUGGUCUUUUGGUGUCUUGAUGUUUGAGAUGCUUACUGGUACUCUACCAUUUCAAGGGAAAGAUCGAAAAGAAACUAUGACUAUGAUCCUCAAAGCCAAACUUGGAAUGCCACAAUUUUUAAGCCCUGAAGCACAGAGUCUUUUACGUAUGCUUUUCAAACGAAAUCCUGCAAACAGAUUAGGAGCAGGACCAGAUGGAGUUGAAGAAAUUAAAAGGCAUUCAUUUUUCUCAACAAUAGACUGGAAUAAAUUGUAUAGAAGAGAAAUUCUUCCACCCUUUAAGCCUGCAACUGGUAGACCUGAAGACACAUUUUAUUUUGAUCCUGAAUUUACUGCAAAAACUCCAAAAGAUUCACCUGGCAUUCCACCUAGUGCUAAUGCACAUCAGCUUUUUCGAGGCUUCAGUUUUGUAGCUAUCACAUCAGAUGAUGAAAGCCAAGCAAUGCAGACAGUGGGAGUACAUUCAAUUGUCCAGCAGUUGCACAGAAACAGUAUUCAGUUUACUGAUGGAUAUGAAGUAAAAGAAGAUAUUGGAGUUGGCUCUUACUCUAUUUGCAAGAGAUGUAUAAAUAAAGUCACAAAUAUGGAAUAUGCAGUUAAGAUUAUUGAUAAAAGCAAGAGAGAUCCUACGGAAGAAAUUGAAAUCCUCCUUCGUUAUGGACAGCAUCCAAAUAUUAUUACUCUAAAAGAUGUCUAUGAUGAUGGAAAAUAUGUCUAUGUAGUAACAGAACUUAUGAAAGGAGGUGAACUGCUAGACAAAAUUCUUAGACAGAAAUUCUUCUCUGAACGAGAGGCUAGUGCUGUCCUAUUCACAAUAACCAAAACUGUAGAAUAUCUUCAUGCACAAGGGGUGGUUCACAGAGACCUGAAACCUAGCAACAUUCUCUAUGUAGAUGAAUCUGGUAACCCGGAAUCUAUUAGAAUUUGCGAUUUUGGCUUUGCGAAACAGCUACGGGCAGAAAAUGGCCUUCUAAUGACUCCAUGUUAUACUGCAAAUUUUGUUGCUCCAGAGGUUUUAAAAAGACAGGGGUAUGAUGCUGCAUGUGAUAUAUGGAGCCUUGGUGUUCUUCUUUAUACGAUGCUUACUGGCUACACUCCAUUUGCAAAUGGUCCUGAUGAUACCCCAGAAGAGAUACUGGCACGAAUAGGCAGUGGAAAGUUCUCACUCAGUGGUGGUUAUUGGAAUUCCGUUUCAGACACAGCAAAGGAUCUUGUUUCAAAGAUGCUUCAUGUAGAUCCACAUCAAAGAUUAACUGCUGCCCUUGUACUUAGACAUCCCUGGAUAGUUCACUGGGACCAGUUGCCUCAAUACCAGCUAAACAGACAAGAUGCUCCACACCUAGUAAAGGGUGCUAUGGCAGCUACAUAUUCUGCUCUAAACCGCAACCAGUCACCAGUUUUGGAACCAGUAGGCCGCUCUACACUUGCUCAGCGGAGAGGUAUUAAAAAAAUUACCUCAACAGCCCUCUGAAGUGACCUCAACCAUUUAUUUGGUACCAUGGUAUAAGAUGAUAGCACAAAUCAUGGCAACAGGUAGCACAUACCUGAGAGAUACCUGCAAGCACACACUGUCCCAGCUGGUACCCAUAAUGCUGCUGCUCCUGCUGCUCCUGCUUUCAUCUGUUUUCGCUUUAAAUGAUUGUUGGCAAGUUAGACUUUUCUGGAGCUUUGGAUGGAAUGAAAAAUGGAAAUAAUGAAGAUAUGUUCACUGAAUCAACCAGAAGAAUCAUGAACACCACCUCUGUCAUUAAACAAAUAUAUAUACACAUAUAUGUUUAUAUGUGUGUAUAUAUAAUAUAAAUAUAUAUACAUAUAUACAUACACACACUGAAUAAUAAAGUACUCUCUACCAUAUAGCAUUAUUUUUAUAGGGAAUAUUUCUUGUCCCCCAAAAUAUUCUUUGUUACUUAUAAGGAUGGACAGUUUCUGUUAAGCACUUAACUUAAACAAUCCGUUUAUAUUAGCACUGUAUCCUUUGUGCCAUCCAACAUUUUGUAUGUUUUUGUAAACAAUUCAUAUACAGUACAUUUCUGUACUGCUUUCUUUAAUGUAUACAUGCCUUGUUUAACUUGGACCUUAUUAUGAAUCAAUUUGACAAUUAAAUCUGGUUAAGCAGUUCACCUGGAUUAAUCAGUAUUGUUGGAUAGCUCGAAAAUUGCCUGAUUGCUGAACAGCCAUUGAAUGUAAUACUAUGAUCUUGUAUAAACCCUUCCUCAUGUCUAUGUCACUGAUUUUGUUCUUAAAGUGAGGUGCACUGUCAUGCAAAUCUAGGGAGCUUUUGUGAUAGGACAAGUCAAAAUAGUGCGUUGUCGUUUAUGUGUGGCAUGGUGUCAAGAAUAUGCCAGAAAGUAAGCCUAUCCACUUUGCAACUUUUUUGGUUUGGUUUGGUUUGGUUUGGUUUGGUUUGGUUUGUUUCUUAAUUAAGAAAUCUUCCCCCUUGCACUUUUUAAUCAUGAGUGGCAUUGGUUAAUAUUGGUUGUUUGUAGUUUAAUUUUUGUUUUAAAUUUUAUUUGGGAGUUGUAACUGUUUAGUGAGAGAAUUGGAUAAGAAAAGAUCAUCAAAAACUCAAGUGUCCAUUGUAGCUAUGAUAUUAGGUACUGGUUUGAAAUUGAUAUAUAAAUCACUGCUCUUCAUGUGAAAUUGAACUUAACCCUUAUCCUAUAGCAAAAAGUAUUCUUGACCGUCCAGUAUUGAGUUGGAAAGAUAAAAUAGGAAUUAGUUUAUCUUUACGAAUGAUUUUAUGUACUCCUGAAUACCUGGAGUCAGAAUCUUCCUCGUCAGAGAUAUAAUUUGGCGGGUAUUAUUAUUUUGGUUCACCAUUGAAAUUUGUGCAAAUGUUGCAUAUGUGAGGUGUCACAUAGAGAUCUCUUCCAGAAUACCAGAUGUCAUUAUAUAUGUUUGUUUUGCAAAUGUCACUGUUACAGACCUUGAUAGUGCUUAAUUAACUCACUUCCCUUUCUACUAUUAGCUAAUUAAUUAUAUGUAUUAUGAAAUAUAAUUGUGCAAGGAAGAAAUAAGCUAAUUUACCUCAUUCUGAAUAUGCUUAGUUAAACCUUAUACACUAAGCCAUAUAAAUCAGAAACUUCCUGCCAAAAGCUUUAAAUAUUAUAUGAGUACAAAACAAGAAGGCUUUGGUUUGGUUUAUCUAAACAUCUUAUGGAAGCUGCUUAUCAUGCCUUAAAUUUGUGAGCUAGCCUAUUAAUUGAUGUCCUGUAGAUUUGAAGAUAGGAAUAUCAAGAACAGAAAUAAGACUAGGUUUUGUAUAAAUUGUGUAGUUCUUAAUGAUUUUUAAUUAAGGAGAAAUAACACUGUUUCAGUAACAUCUAUAGAUUGGAAGUGAGUUAAAUGGCAAGGAUUAAAACUAAAUAAGAAAGAUAAUUGCUGAAUUACCCCAAGUUAUCCAGAAUGGUUAUCAGAAAUCAAAUAGAAUAAGAUUUAAUAAUAUAAUAUAACAUAGGUGGUACACCAGAAAGAAGCUUUGAAGUUCCUGAAGUAUUUAGCAUAGUUAAUGCUGAUAUCUAGGAAAGUAUUCAUGUUUUCUCCAUUGCCUGGAAAGAAGAAAUAUUUUUCAUUGAUCUUGAUUGAACUAAUAAUAAGCAUGACUCACAUUGACAUCCAUUAAUAUUGUUUCUUUUAAGUUAUGGUUAUGAUUUGGGGAAGGACAAGAUAUAAUUCAGGCAGAGUAUUUUGUUUAAACUCAAGUUAUUUUACUGACUAAAAUUUAAGAGGCAAUUAUCAACCAAAAUUUUCCAAAAUGUUACAAAUGAUCCAGUCUGACCCUUUCAUUUUGCAAAUGAGGAAACAAGUCCAGAAAAGGUAAAGCCUGAAUUUCCCUCACUGUGAAAAGGUUAGGCCCUUUCAGCUUUAAGGUUCUGUGAUUUGAAAUAACCUGUUCAAGGUCACAGAGCUGUUGUAGCUGAGCUAUGUAAAAUCCAGGGAAACUGGUAUGAUGAAAAGAGCCCUGAAUUUGAAGUCAGAAGAGUUCUGCCUUUUUUUUUUUAACCUGUGAGAUUUGUCACCUCUCUGGGCCUCAUUUAUUUACCUUAUCUGUAAAUUGAAGGGGAUGUGUUAGAUGACCUAGGAUCCACUAAAAGUUCAUUCCAACCCUAGAAUCUUAAGACUUCUUAAUCCAUUAAAUCUUAUACCAUAUCAUGCUAUCUUCCCUACAUCUUGCCACUUGAUAAAUAGUUAAAAUUUUCUUAGGAUUAGCAUUCAUUCAACAAUUAUUUAUUGAAUACCUAUUAUCUUCUGAGGCACAGAUUAAUAAAAGUGCCUGCCCUCAGGGAGCUCAUAGCUGAGAAGGGAGACUAUGUACACAAAUGACUAUAAUACAAAGUAUACACUCUGCAUUAUUGAAUAUUCUGAUUUUAGUAUUAUCAAAGAAGUGUGAUCUUACCUGCUAGAUUUAGAUAAACUGUCUUACUCUGUAAAUAGCAAUUCAAAUAAUCAUAAAGUUAUCACAAUUGAUUAAAAAGCAGGUUAUGAAAAUAAUUCAGGGCCCAUUCUUUAUUAAUUGCCAUGAAUCAAGUUCUUCCACCUUUCUCUAGUUACUGUAUUAACAUAGACAUUUAAUCUUAUCUCCCUUACCAAGUAAGCUGUCAUUUAGAAUCUACAAGGUAAUGUUCCAUUUUGGAAAAGCUGCUUUUUUUGUCUUGAGUUGCCAGUUACUAGAAAGCAUCUGUUAGGUAUCCAAAGUGAUAGUAAUUUAACAUUAAACCCCCACCCCACCCCCAAUCAUUCUAAAGAUUAUUUGGAGCACAUCCAUCAUUCAUUUUGUUGUUUUCUUUUUUUAAGAAAUUAUAUUCAAAUUAAGAUUUUUUUCCAAAUUGCUUUUAACUUUUUCUGGUUUAUUAGAGAUAUUAGGCAACACAUCCAAGUAUUUUCUAGUUAAAAGUGUAUAAUUGUAUUAUGACUAUUUCCAGGAUUGGUUUUGUGCUUGUCCCAGAAAGUCUCAGUCCUACCAGGUCUGUCACUGUGGUAGAUGGAGCUCCUUGUGACUAACAGGUUAAGUUUAAGCUUUGAUCCAUGUAAUUUUAAAUUCAAAGACUAGGUUAUGUGUGUUAACAGAUUAAUACUUAAAUCAGUAUUGUGAUUGCAGUUAAUAAGUAAGUUAGUCCUCUUUAUCUCCAGGGUGCUUAUAUUUUGCUAAUCUUAAGUGAGAAUUUGUGGAGAUCUCUUAAUGAAGGAAUAAAAUGAGGUUAUUAGUCCCUGUGAAAUUCUGCAGAUCCACAUAUAACCACUCUUUUUCCACUUGAUGGAUCUGUAUAGCUAUGCCAGACAAGCAGAGCAGUCAGAAACAACUUAGUGCUAUUUCUAUCUAUGGAAUUUUAUGUAGUGUGCUUUGAAAAAACAGUUUUUCAUUUGGUUCCUUUGUGACACAAUGCAUCUCAAAGAAAUCAAAUGACUGAGCAACUUUGUUUUCUUAAACCUGGGAUCUCAAUCUCUUCUUCAUCACUUUGUUUUGACUAGUCUUUUAACUGUUUAAAAGGAAUACUAAGGGUUGGGAUGAGAGCCUCCCUCCUACCUCUUAAGGCACUUUUCUCAUGACUGCCACAUAACCUUGAAGUUUAUAAUCAACAGUUUGGGGUUUUGUCCUGGUGAUUACUACCAGAUCUUUUAGCAGAGUGCAAGUAGAGGUUAUUAGACAAGGAAAAAUGGAUAUAAUUCACAUAAGAACCUCAAACAAAACUUUAGAGCUAAGUUGCCAGUUGUUAUAUGUAAGUAAGUGUAUGAGAGAAGAUAGAGAGGCUGGCUAUAAUACUAAGUAGAUUAGUUCUUUAAUCUAGUGGGGUGAAGAUGUUUACUUCUAUUGUUAUCAUUAGAGUAUUGAACAAAACGCAUACUGAGCAUUUUCAACUGAUGUAUUUAAAACAAAAUUUUAAAUACAAAGCAAGGACAUAAGAAUAUAGCUUGUUUUGUUUUAACUUAGUAAAUGUAGUUAGUUUACAGUACCUCUAAAGCUUUGCUUCUUUAUUUGGAAGAAAAAAAGAAGCUUCAUGGUAUGCCAUUCCUUGGUAAGUUUAAAGAUUAUUGGGUGAUGAGUUUUAACUCAAAAAUGAUGUAAAUUUAUUAGCUUUAUCUUAGCUCUUAUCCUAAUCAAAAAAGGAGGUGUAUACAUGAGGGAUGUAAUUAUUUUGCAGUUUUUGCUGGGGGAGGAGGGGUUGGGGUGGGUAUGUACUUUAACGGUUUUUAAAAAAGAGAAAAAUCAGAUAAAUAUUUUUCUACUAUUAUAUGAUUAUUCUUUAUACUAGUUUCUCUAGUAUGGCAUGCCAGGAAGCCCAGGGUACUAUAUCAUGAAUUAAUAAUGUAUUGUACCUUUUAUUAGGCAGUUAAAGUAGCAUCAGAUGCUUGGCACUACUGCCAUAAUUAUGAAAUGCUCAUAAAAGAUCAAAUAUUACUGAACAAUUUAAAUGAUUAAAUUAUUCCCAAGUCUGAUCUAGGAAAUUUUCCAAUCAUAUUGUUAAUGUGUAAUCUAAGCUAUUUCAGUUGUAUACAUGAACAGUCCUGGAAAGAUGUUGCUUGUAUUCCUGGCAUAAGUCGUCAGGUUUUGUAAUCUUUAAAAGAAAUGAAAAUUUAUACAAUGAAUAAACUUUCAAAUACAUAUAUACACAUA